UGAUGCCACACCCACCAUCAUCCAUCCACCCACCCACACAACACACACACACUCUCACACUCGCACACACGCACACUCUCACACUCGCACACACGCACACACGCGCACACCUCUUAGGCCUAGGUACUCUGGUACUCAAGCCAUCCAUCAUAAGAGACACCUGCUCUGGCACAACUCUACCCCACCUCCAGAGCACGAAGAGUACCAAGGUGGACCCUGAAUAUCUAGUCUAUCUCCCACUGCUGUUCUCUUCUGUUCUGUUGUCCUUCUCCGCCAUUAAAGCAGUGCCAGCCCUCCCACACACACAACUCGACGGGUCAACGUUGAUGGCUGGUGCCGCUUUGCCUACUACCUACAACCACAACAACAAUAACAACAACACCACCCACCUACGCCGAAAGCAGGCCCAGUCAUGAUACCUAUUGAUCAGCCGUUUGACUACGAAAGAGACAAGCUCUGGUCCGUCUCUCUUUAGGUUGUCUCUCUCUCUCUCACACGUUUCCCACGCUCUUUUUUCCCCGCCGCCGCACUACCGCUGCCGCCCUUCUGCGCCCCUCCUCCGCGCCGCCCCGUUGUCAGCUUUUCUUGGGGUUUCCUCACCGGCCAUCUCUCUCUCUCUUUCUCUCUCUCUCUCUCUGACAUGCCCACCGUCGAAAACUAGUAGUUUUGGCUCUGCAGUGCGAACAACAAAAGGACGGUUUUUAUUCCUCCCCAUCCCCACCUCCCCUCCUCGAACGACUACAACGACCAAGUCUGUCCUUCUUUUUCUCUCUUCAUCCCGUACAGCCAACGGGGAACAUGGCAUCCCCCGAACAGCAGCUGGAUACUCUGAGAGAAAGCCUUAGCCGCGUGAUUUUGGACCAGCUCGCGGAAACCUUGCGGGAUUAUUCGUCCGGUAACCUGGCGAACCCGGUGCUUCGGUUUGAGGCCUUCAUCCAGGAUGGCGAGCCUGGGACGCAGGGCCAUUCCCCCCGCUCUGCCGUAGUUUCGAAAAUGGUAGACCUGUCCGGCAUUAUAUCACAAAGCACAACCAACAGCCCGAAAGCGAGUAGCAUCGGAAGAGAACAUGCCGAGAACACGACGCCUCCGGCCGUCCUGCCACAGAUGUUCCCGGACGACCGCCCGGCGAGUAGCAGCAGCCGGUCCAUGUCCCUCGUCCGAGGAACCCAAAGAACGCCGUCCCUCGGGCCGCUUCCCCUGCCGCUGCCACCACCACCGCCGCCACCGCCGCAGCUGCCGCAGCUGCCGCAUCACCAGUACCAUCAGACUCAGUAUCAUCACCCGUCCCCCGAGCCCUCCGAGAUGGUCGUCGGGCUGGGAUCGCAGCCUCGGAGAGGAACGGGGGCCCUGCGGCCUGUCAGGGCCGGCUCCGGGCGAGUGCUCGAGGAGGAGGAGGAACCGGACAGCCAGCGGCGCAUGCAGGUGGCGAGCAACUUCCCAAAACGCGCAAAGACGGCCGCGUCAUUAUCGUCGGGGGGCGGCCCCAUCUUCGUGCCGCAGCAGUCGUCCAUUGAGAAGUUCGUCGUCAGCAUCUGGGAGCAGAUCCACGGCGGCAUCAGCCUCGAUCCUCAGAGCCUCCUCGAGCAGUGGCAGCUGACGGCGACGGCGGCAACGGCGACCAUCAACAACGCCGGCAAGAUCCACGUGCCGGAGCAGCUCGAGCUCGGCCUGCUUCAGGCGCCGACGGCCGACGGCCUAGGGUUGCUCGGACCCGGCUCCGGUUCCGGUAACACGACGACGACGACGACGGCGGCGCUCGCCGAGAUCGACAUGGAGGGCACCUUCAACCGCAGCAACAUCUUCUGCCGCAAAGUGACGCAGGCGAGCCGGGCGUGCCGGUCGAUCGAGGUGAUUGUGCAGGCGCGGUGGAUCGAGCACUUUGACUCGUACGUCGAGCUGCUGGCCAUGACGAACCCGGGCAUGUCGCCGACGAAGCGGCGCAAGGCGGCGCUCAUCGAGGCGUGCAACGACUUUGGCUGGUCGGAGAAGGAGCUGCGCAACAAGAUGGCCAUCUGGCGCGGGUACAAGGAGAUCAAGGACGCGGGCGGGUGGGCGGCGCUCGUCUUCGCCGGCAUGGGCCUCUACCGGUUCUGCAAGUACCGCGUCGGCUUCAACACGGAGAGUAUGCAGCGGCUGCGGUGCCUCCGCCCCCGGAUCGAGGUCGCCGCCGACACGCUGCACCCGACGUGGCGGCAGCUGCUCAUGAUCGUGGGCGAGCCGGCGCACCGGCGGUUCUCCGGGCACCCGCACGACUGGGUGGUCCGGCAGGACGGGUCGGACCCGGUGCCGCUGCGGUCGACGUACCUCGAGUACGACCCCUACUUCAGCUUCGAGCAGCUCGAGCACUCCGUCAUGGACAUGAGCGCCUGGGGCUCCGACGACCCGCGCUGGGUGCCGCCCAUGAACACGGUGGCCUGCGUCCAGGGGAAGCACACGUGCCACUCGUGCGGCCAGGAGCAGUCCGAGGACCCCAAGGUCAACUCGUGCUACUGCUUCCCGACCCUGUUCGGCUCCGGCAGCCGGAGCCCGUGUCCCGUGCAGGUGUUCCGGACGCCCGACGGCCGCAACAACGGGCUGAUGGCGCUCUGCCCCUUCGAGCGCGGCGCCGCCAUCGGCGAGUUCGUCGGGCUCGUCACCAAGGACCUGCAGAACAUGGACGUCAUGGACAGCUCGACGGGCGUGCGGGCCUACCAGAUCUGGCAGGGCCGCCAGGGCAACUUUACGCGCUUCGUCAACCACAGCUGCAAGGCCAACGCGCAGUUCCAGCAGUUCGUGUGGAUGAGCACCCAGCGCAUCGUCCUCGUGAGCAAGGGCAUCGAGGCCGGCCGCGAGGUCACGGUCGACUACUCGGGGAGUUACUGGCGCGGCCUCGACAAGGACUGCCUCUGCGGGGAGUCGUGCUGUCGGUACCGAGGCACGCCAAGAUGAGGC